GCAAGAAAUAAAAUUAAUAAUAAUAAAACCAAAAACCCUAUUAAAAAACUAUAUAGCGCAGUUAAAAAAAAGAUCAAGCUUAAUAAGUCAAAUCAAAUUUGGUUAUUCUCCCCAGCUUAGAUAGUGAAUCAAAAACAUCAAACAGAAAAGAUUUGAGUGGUUUUAUCAGCUUUCGAAAAAUGAUGAAAGGUUACAAAUCAAAUGGAUAUAAAACCUCAGAUCCAAAACUCAACGACCACGACGUCCCGGAUGAUUUUGAUGUUAAAACACCUCGUUCACUCAAUGAUGUGGGUACGAGUGCAGGUGGCAACUCAAAUCAUAACAUCAAACCUUCCACCUUCAAUGAUUUGAAUUUGGCAAUUUUUAAAUACACCUUACUCAUUUAGUGUAAUAUUACAACAGAUUAUCCAAAUCAACAUGGAAGUGUAUAAAAUGGCUAUUUUGGUAGUUAUUUUGGCAGAAAGAUUGAGGAAAUAUGAGAAUGUUCAUCCUGGAAAAUUUCCAAUCAUUCAUUUUGUCGAAUCCAUAGCAUUCCAAUUUUUGUUUGAUAAGUAACAAUUUUAUAUCGAAUUUUUUAUGCUGCCACCACCUCAGAUAAUACGUUUGAAUAAAAGAGUUGAUGAAUUGGAAAUUGUGAUAUAUCAUGAUGUUAUUAAAAUCCCUUUGGAAUCUCUAAAAACCAUUCUUCAACUAGACGAGUUUGAUUGUGAUACUGAUAGGGAAUUUAACCAACUAAAAAAUAUAUCACUAGAAAUUUUAAAUUAUCUCUUGUUA